AUGUUUUUAUUACUUAUACUAACUUUACUACCACUGUCCAAGGCAGUACCAUUCCGUCAUGAUAUAGAUUUUCAUCAUCCAGAAAGUGGAGAGAGAGUCAAACUACAGAGUAAUGGCGAACUUACUGAUACCGUGGAUCUAGACAGAGUUGACGGAAUCAAGCGUGUUAUCUGUGAAAAAUCCAAAGUUCUAAUAGCUGCUGAAACAAACACCAUUGCAAAAGAAUGGAAAGCUGGACAAGUUAUCAUCGGGAGUUCUAGGUGGGAUUGCUAUAGGAAUACACUAGGAUCCAACUCCAAGGGAAUAUAUGCAAAGAUCGUGGCUGUUUUCUUUCCGACGGAGACCGGUAUUGUAGUCCAUACAGAAACAGCGGGUGCUUUUGAUGUAAUCGACGAAGCUAGUAUCAAAUUCCACUAUCAUCCUGGAAAUGAAAGCAGUCACCGACCAGAUGUCCGACGUCGUCAUCGACGGUAUUUUGCAAACAUUCUGUCGGAACUUCUGCGAAACAUCGAAUGGAAAGCUAACUUCAGCGCCACUGUACCAUGGAAUUACGAUUUAGACAGAAAGUCAAAUGGACCUUCAUUCAGAGUUGUAACAACUGAGCACGAUACAGAAUAUAAUGUCCAGUUUGGUGGCUAUAAUACUACAGAAGAUGAAGUAUUUAGUUUCAAUUGUAACAAUUGUCAUGGGCAGUCGACAUUUUCGUAUACUUUUGAAAUGGUUAUAAAGAAAAAUGCUAUGAAUCAACCAAAUAUUCAUCACUACUUAUCUAAGUUAGAAACGAAUACUUCAAUGUCAUUGGACUCUUCACUAACAACAACUGAUGCGAUGAGAGUGGAAAUAUCAAAGACAAUUAUGAAGACAGCACCAAAGAUUCUAUUUUCCAUACCAGUAGCUGUAGUAGACGACGCACGUAUUCCUCCCGUUACACUUACUGUCAACUAUGAAAGUGAAACACACGUCGAUAUCAACAUGACAGCUACGGAUAAAGUAGAUGCUGCACAUAAAUACAACAUAAAAGGGGCAUAUGAAAUAGUUCAGGAAUAUUCUGCUGGACAAGGCAUGACAGGUUAUGUUGCAGCAGAAAAUUGGAAAAUCAAAACAGAACAUGCUGAAACUAAUACAAAAAAAGAUCUUUAUCUUACAACAGCUGUAUAUCAAAAGAUGAAUGUAACAACAACAAUUGGAUGGCUUGCACGAGACAUGGAAAUUAAUUUUUCGCCUCCUGUUGAAUUCAGGAUCUCCCCAAUAUUAACAUCGGUGUCAUUCGCUGAAGAUGUGAAACGCUGCACAGUAGAUGUAUUAAUCAUAGAAGGCAACUUUAAUGUGUCUAAUGCUCGUCUCAUCGUGGAUGCUUUCGAUGUUCCCAUAUGGAAUACAUUGCUGGCGGAAGGUUUCAACAGAACAGUAAAUAUUACGGAAGAAGAAAUAUUCAGAUCAUGUAGUGCCGACUGUUUUCCGAAUGGGAGAGACAAUCUAAUUGGAGAUGCACAGGAUAUUGUUGGCCAAAGGAAAAACAAAAUAUUACGAAAUGAUACUUCAUUUUAUAAAUUACAUCAGAUGGUUGGUAGUGAUGUACUGUUCGCAUCAGAGGAAGCCGACACAGCUGUAUGGUGCGGAUAUCCGGGCAGACCAUGUGUACGAUGUACUACGAAACCAGCAGGAUAUGAUGACGUCGACAAAUGUGCUGAUAGAAUGAUGACGUCAUCAUUAGCAUCUAAGACAAGUCUUUUGGGGAAAUAUGUUACAAGCGAGUGGCCUAACAGAAAGCUAAUUGUUCAUGAAGCGUGGGACGAACCAACUUCAGUACAUCCUCAUGGCGAACACGGGAACAAUUCUCUUCACUACGAGGGAAGGGCGGCAAUAGUGUCAGUAUCGAGAGAUAUUAAUAAAACAACACCGCUAAUAGAUCAAGAUCCUAAUCUAACCGAAAGACUUCACGAGUUAGCAGUCUGCUCUGGGUUUCCUUACGUUUCAAAUGAAGAUGAUAGAAAACUUGUACACGUGGCUGUUAAGGGUGAAGAAGUGACUCAUACUAAACGAAGAAAACCCGAGCCUGUAAAUUCAAAGGACCAAUUAGCUUUCGAAAAUGCAUUGAAGAAAAUAGAAACCAUUGUGUCUGCUGACAGAUGCCCUGAUAUAACAAUUAAUCCAACAGACCACUGGCCACCACAGUCCAGUAAUGAAGAAGAAGCAUGUGGUCAAACGUCAUAUAAAAUCAGUCGUGAAAACGAAGAUGCAAUGCAAACUUUGUACGAGUAUUCAGACGUAGACGUACAAUUUGUUGAUGAAGGACAAGUAGGCCAUUUGUGUGGUUUAGGAAGAGGAUGUAUCUCAUGUGAAAAACCAAGUAUGAGUAAAUCGACCUGGGAUUGGUGUGCCACUCGUGUCAUGUCUCCUAGAAUGGCACUUCGACUCAAACGUCUAGCAGUACUUGUCAAAACAGACACCAUGUUAAAAGGUGGACAUAUAAAAGUUUUAAAGGCAUUCAGUGAUCAAAGUAUCGAUUUAUACAAUGAUGGAAGAGCUAUACAAUUGACGUAUAUAAAAAACGGAACACACGGGGACGCUGAUCAAAUGAAACGAUUAGCUGCCUUGUCUGUUUGCGCGGGAUUUGAUUUCAUCAAAUUCCCAUCCACACAUAUAGAGGCUUUUGUUAAGGAACAAUCUGGAUAUCGCACAACUUUGAAUCAAUUCCCGAGUGGCACAGUUAUGAUAUCAGUUAAUCCACCUUUAGACAAUCCCGGCGAAUUUUCUUAUCCAGAAAGCCUCAAACACGAAAGCAAAAGACCAGCACUCAUUAAAUCAUUGAGCGAUUCAACUCCCUUAUCAAAACAUUUUAAAAUUGGGGAUUUUAAAGAAAGAUCUACUUCAUAUUUACGUAUCGACUCAACUCUGGUCGAAUGUUUAGAUAUGGUGAAGGACUCAUUCAAACAAGGAAUAUAUGUUCUCAAAGCAUACACUACACAAUCUUCAAAUAAGGAAAUGAACAGCGAAUGGACGCAGGAACAAUUAGAUCGGUUUCAGAUGGGACAAGCUGUAGUGAUUCAGAAUGAAGAACAGACAAUAGAAAGUACAACGAAACUAACAAAGUUAUUAAUGAGUACAUGUACACCAGCACUCCGAUUACAAAGACGUGGAUUAUCGUUAUCUGUUAGAGAAGAUGGAAUAUGUAGUACAUCCCAAAAGUUGCAUGGUGGCAAAUACUGUGUUUAUAUUGGGUUAUACUCCCUGGAAAGAACUGAAGAGAAACAAUAUGUAAAGAUUAGUACUAGUGUGAAACUCAUGGAGACAGUUAAUCAGUUGUGGAAAAAAGUUUGGGAGAAUAUUAAAGAAUACAGAUCUGAAUUGACAUCAGGUGGUCCGCAGAUAAUACCGUAUAAUGCGGAGGACGUAUGCAAAGCUUCUGAACUUGGACAGGGAAACGAAUUCUUGUCAUUUCAACUGCACCAUUAUGGAUUCUGUCUGAACUUUAAACAAAAACAACGAUGUGAAGGAAGCCUGGAGUCAAGGCAAGCGGAAGCUUUAAAACUGUGGACACAAAUGUCAACUACUGCAAGUAAAAAUACUCUGCCCACGACAGAGAUGAAACAGGCAAUACAUGGUUGCUUGACUGACGUAUGUGGAGGUUGUUCUGGCUCAGGAAGUAAAUGGGACAAGAAGGUGAAGGCAUGUGUUGACGUCGUUAGCAAAUACAUCUCUUAUACUAGAAAACCUCUGGUUAAGAAAACUGACAAAGUAUCAGUUUUUAAUACGGAGAAUAUACAAUCUUCAGCACAUGGAUUGGCUUGUAAAGGGGAUGUUAAAUGCGUGGAAACUGUUCAGUUGUACAGUAUGUUUCAAACGACUAUCAAUUCCAAAUAUAAACCAGAACCUAACAAUUCGAUAGAAGAAGCUUUAUUUGAUGGUCACGAUAAUCCUAGUCCAUUGCUAGAAAUUGUGGAACAAUUCGUAGCAAAACAAGCUGCAGGAAAUGUUUCAGUCUACAUUGAGAGUAUAAGGGACAUUUCAGCACUUCGGAAUAUUCUCAAGGUAUUAAUGAUUUAUAACAGAGAUAUAGAAAUGGUUACUUUUCUGACUUUAACUGGCGUAAAGAAAGAUAAGUUAGCAACUGCAAUCCAACGGAAAAUUGAGACAUGGGCCGGAAGUGCAUGUCCAAUAUGGAGUAGGUUUGCUGUUGUGCCUUACAAAAUAGAAGAUGUUCACCCGUCCCGAGUAGCACGCAGUAUAGAGGACGGACGGCAUCGGAACAAAAUGAAAGAGAAACAAAGAAACUGGGAAAUCGAUUGGAUUAUGAUGACUUAAUGUUGAAUAUUUUUAUA